GGUAACACGCUGUAGCUGCGAGGUCAAUUCAGGUUGUCGCUGAUCCUUUCUUCUCACCACCACUCUGUUUUUUCAAUCAUUGAGUUAUAAGGUGCAAUGCUCGCUUGAGUGCCGAGGUCCAAAGGGCCCUCCCCUCUCAAGCAACAAGUUUCCCACUUGUUGGCCAUAAUUGUUUAAUAUGGACUCCGAUUCUCCAGAAGCUAGACAACAGUUGGAAAUUACCGCCCUCAAGAGCAUUUACGAUGAUAACUUUAUCGAAUCCCCUCCUCCAAAGGCUUGGAAGGGAGCACCGAGACUACCAGAAUUCAUUAUCAAAGUACAUCAUCCAGACGAAACUUAUGCUGAGAAGAUCUACUUCCAUUUACACACAAAGUUUCCGAAGACGUAUCCCGCACUGGCAUGUCCCACCUUCAUGAUUCAACAACCUAUCGCGGGCCUGAAGCCCAAUGAGGUGACGAAACUGUCCAAUGCCAUUCACACAGAAGCCCUGAGAAACAAGGGAACAGAGUCAGUUUUCAUCGUUGUGACUUAUGCGCAGGAUUGGAUCUUGAAUAAUAUUGCUCCUCCCGUGGAAGUGUCAGGCUCAUUAGCCACUGAGAUGAUCAAACGAUCUAUCGCCGAGGAGCAGGCUAAAAAGCAGCGUGAGGAGGCUGAAGCAGAAGUGGCCAUGGAACGAGAGGCACAAAGGGCAGAAGAACUUCAGGAACAGAUUCGGGCCGACGUCGAACGGCAGCAGCAGGAACAGCGAGCUCGCAAGAGGGCGAUGUCUGACGCAACAGAAGUUCCUGUCAUUGAAGACGUCCCCGACACAACACCAACCGAGUCCUUUCCAAAGGAGAUUUCUUGGCAGAAUGUCCACUUCCGCGCUGUCAAACUGUUUCAUCCACAGAAAGAGCCGAUCGGCGUGAUUUGGCAGGCAGAACCUGUCGCGGAUGAUGCAAAGGUCUCACUCCAGCUCGAACUUUUGAACGUCACAUUCGAAUCGCGAUAUUAUUCCACCAAUCAAGGCAGGAAGAAGCUGAAGCAGUUGGAGUCCGAGGUCCAGCGUUUGGUUGCCGUACAGCAAGCGAAUUUAGUCACUGUUCUUGCUGUGAAACUCGUGACUCCUCAUUCAAGCGGACCUCCUCGGCUUUCAAUAUUGUCCGAAGCCCGACCACCUGUGACUCUGGAUGAUGUUCUCGAGGAUUGCGACUGCUUACGUGAAGAUCGUGCUUCUGAAUACCUGGGCCAGAUCCUAUCUGCACUCGGCGCCAUCCACGAAGCUGAUCUCGUUCACCGCGGUUUGUCGUCUCGUUGUGUGGGUCUCGUAUCGGGAGAUCGUCCGGGCGAGUCGAAACGCGUCAAGGUAUUCAAGGUGUCUUAUCAUGUUCGACUUCUGGAUAUGCAUCGCUCCGAUCCUUUCGGUUGCGAUAGUGGCAGAGGUCAUCUUGAGGACCCUCCCCUUCCGGAAGGCUGGUUGCCUAAGGACGCUGUAGAUUCUCCCUUAGUAUACACCAAGAACCGCGACAUUCACGCUGCCGGGAUCAUUCUACUACAAAUGCUUAUCGGUCGAGAUGUCGUCGACAGGUACCCAGAUCCACAGACUGCCAUCCGCAAUACCACAAUCUCUCCGAGACUUCAACAGAUCGCUUUAAACAUGCUCACACCAACGAAGAAGAACGUGUCCAGUUUUUCGCUCUUGGCAGAACUUGCAGGUGUCGCAUUCAGCAAUGGGUCACGAUCACCCACCAUAGUCUUCUCAGGACCGAAGACACCCAUGACCUACCAGUUCAAUGGUUCGCCGGAAUCUGAUUACUUCCGAGCUCCGCCUCCCCCGAAGAUGAGACAUAGCAGAUGGAAAGAAGACUGGGAGGAACUUGAGCUUCUUGGUCGAGGCGGGUUUGGUUCUGUUGUGAAAGCAAGGAACAAGAUAGACAACUUGAUCUAUGCAGUCAAGAAGAUCAGGCUUAAAGCAACACAGAGCGAUAGUAGGAUCUUUCGAGAAGUGAAUGCUUUAAGUCGUCUGAAUCAUCGCUUCAUCGUGCGAUACUAUACCACAUGGGUUGAAACGUCCGAAGUACCCUCCACCACGGCCUCAUCUGCAGGAAGCGAUUCAACCACAUCCGUUCCAGUUACGAGAGAACAUUCGGAGGAUGGUAGCGAUACUAACCCUUUCACAUUUGAUAUGGAUGACCUGGCCUCUGAAAGCCACAGUCGUCGUUCUUUCCCGAGCAUCAGGUUUACGAGGUCGGGCACCCCUGAGGAGAGUAGCGAUAGUGAUGAGAUUGACGAUGAUGACCCAUUCCUACCUGAGGGAUUGCGAGGGAGGACGACAAUCAAGAGGAACAGUCCUUCUCCUGGUGCCCCUGCAGUCAUACGAACACUGUACAUUCAGAUGGAAUAUGUCGAAAGGCAGACGCUUCAGGAGGCACAGAGAAUCGCCGAGGGCCUCUCCGAAAGCGAAGCAUGGAGACUGUUCCAGCAGAUCGUGGACGCUUUAGUUCACAUGUCCAGUCUCGGCAUCCUUCAUCGUGACAUCAAGCUCACCAACAUCUUUAUCGACGGCAAGGGCGAUUGCAAAGUUGGUGACUUUGGGCUUGCCACUUCGAGUUUGGCUGCCGUUGACCCAUCCGAUGUUUCUCUUUCCACUACCGCUGAUGCUGAUAUAACAUUGGAUGUCGGUACUAAAUUAUAUAUUGCACCUGAAGUGCAAUCAUCGAAGGGUGUCCCUCGUAGCCACGACAAAGCCGACAUGUACAGUCUUGGGAUCGUGUUCUUCGAAAUGAACUACAUGUUCUCAACCCGCUCAGAGCGCAUUGUAGUAAUCGAAAGCCUCCGCAAGCCGGGCAUUUACUUCCCAUCUGAUUGGGAUGCACGCAGGUCAAGACAAAGACAGAUUAUCACUUGGCUGCUUCAACACAAUCCCAAUGAUCGGCCGACCGCUUUGGAGUUGUCCCAAAGCUCUCUGCUUCCACCGAGAAUGGAAGAUGAAUACUUCAAGAACGCACUCAAGAUGAUGGUAAAACCUGAUUCACCCCACUACCAAGCUGUGUUGUCGACAUUAUUCAAUCAAACGGUCAAACCAGCUCGUGCAUAUUUGUACGACGCUGAGGUUGAUCUUUCUGAAAAUGCCACGCUGAAUGGAAUAGUUCAUGAUCGGAUGGUGCAGAUCUUCCGAUUGCAUGGUGCUAUUGAGAUGGAGCCUACACUCCUCCUUCCCGUGACAAAUCCAGACGACGACCAAAGUCGUGCUAUGCUCCUCGACCGGCAUGGGGAGGUUGUGGCUUUACCUCAUAAUGCGCUGGUCCCUUUUGCUCGUUUGGCCGCAAGAGCAAAUAUUCGGCGUAUCAAACGCUACCAUAUCGGAGACAUCUACCGUUCAGUUGUUACUCCUGGCCAUCCGAAGACGAUGAAAACAGCCGUGUUUGAUAUCAUCACACCUGACGUGGAGAAUGGAUCAGUGGCCGCAGCUGCUGAGGCCAUCGCGAUUGUGAAUACUUGUUUGGAUGCUUUUGCUGGGCUUGCAACCUAUGAGAUUCAUAUAUCGCAUACCAAAGUGCUCGAUGUUGCCUUAAGUCGGGUCUCUGCUGAGCUUCGAUCAGAGGUGCUUAGAGUAUUGGACCAGCCUAAGUCCUCACUGUCCCAGAAGCGCGCGAUCUUGCUCAGGAAGGGCGUUCCACGCAAUGUUGUUGAUGAACUCGAGACUCUGAUUGAGAUAGAUGACGACAUUGAUGCCUUUGUGGCGAAGCUGGAGAGGAUUUCCCCACCCCUGGUCUCGCUUCUCAGCGGUGCCAUAGACGAGAUCAGGCGAGCUAUCCAAUACGCCAAUGCGACCGGUGUCACACGUCCUAUCUACUUUCAUCCAUUGUUCAUGAUCAAUAGCCCCGACUCCUAUUUUAAAGAUGGUGUUUGCUUCCAAGUGCUCAGACGACACAAACGGUCGGACAUCCUUGCGUUGGGCGGACGAUAUGACCACAUCAUCUCCCGUUAUUCACCUCCCAAACCCAAAUCUGAUGCGAUAUGUGCAAUCGCAGUUCAAAUUAAUCUGGACAAGAUCACCCUGGCCUUAGCAUCAUUUCAGAGUGCAUCCCAGAAAACCUUGCUGAGGGAACGACGGUCUUACGGAUAUUGGAGUCCCCGCCGCUGCGACGUUUAUGUUGUAUCUCACCAAGAAGGUUACUUGACUGAUCGUCUGGAAGUGACAGCCUUGUUAUGGCAAAACAACAUCAGCGCCGAUUUGAUGUAUGAAUUUGGCUUUCAGAAUGCCGAGCAUGAGAAUGUCGUCGAUCAGUGUUCUCGAGAGGGUAUAUUGUUUGUAGUAUACCCUCGUCCGAGAACCGCCCGUCGAGAUCAGCCUGCAUUCAAAGUCAAGAGUGUAUUGAGAGGCACCGAAUACGAAGUGUCUCGUCAAGAGCUUGUCCCGUUCCUGCACCAACAAAUCGCCGAGCAGAAGCGUAUCGACGCCGGACUCUCUGGAGUUGCCACUGUUACAGAAGGUCCCCAAAAUGUAAGCACAACGAAGGAGGGGACUACAUCCGCCGAUGUUACAUUGGUCCUUCCCGGGGACGCUAAGAAGCAACGGAAACACACCAAACAAAUGUUCUUGGAUAGAGCAUUCGAUUUUGGCGUGCAGCUGAAGAACACCAUUACACAGUCUGGAAUACCCGUUUUAGGUGUGGAUGUUCCUUUGACUGUAUUCGAAGACAUGUGCAAGAACACAAGCUGGGUAACGGACGAGGAUGCUUGGAAAAUUCUGGUUGCUGGCUUUCCUCCCCAACAUACCCCUUACGCCCAUCAAGUCCGAGAGGCUGUACUCAAACGCAAGGCAGACGGACUCAAGUUCAUCAUUCUAUUUGCGGUUCGUGAGGAGCGUGCUGCGCUGUUGACUUUGUCACAAUAGUGUAUUUGGAAAUGUAUAUUUAUGGUCAUGUAUAAUCGUUCUCAUCUAUGCUCUUAAUAUUCGUUGCGUCCUAGAGGAAGGUGGUGGUAUUCUGUAGAAUUUGCUACGGUGCGCUGUCAGCGCGUAACGCAGAACAACUAGGCAUAAGCAAGUGUCUUCCUUCGAGACACGACUCCUAUUCUUGUAUCUAUUCCUUUUACAUGAGCAUGGAUAUCAUGACUAUGGGAUAUCUCUUCUGUC